CUUCCAACAUGGCGCCGCCUGUAAUAGAGACAUGCCAUGUUGCUUGCUGUGCGAACAGGACACCAAAUGUUGUUUCUUGGAGUCGUGGAUGGACAAUUGCGUUUGGGACAUGCAACUCUGUGGCUCUGUACGACCCACAGGGGAAGAGAGUUGUCUCGCUGUUGAAUGGACACACAGACAGAGUAAAUGCAGUGCAGUGGGUUCACAGAGAGGACUGUGCUCCAGAGACUCAUCUUGUGUCAGGAGGCUCAGACAAUCGCCUCAUUGUGUGGGAGGCUCAAAAUGGGAAGUUCAUCCAGUCAGUGGAGUGUAAGGGUCAUACUGGUCCAGUUUGUGCUGUGGAUGCCAUCUAUGUGGACUAUCCGAAGAUUCUGGUGGCCUCCUCAGCAUCUGACUCCACAGUGAGACUGUGGCUCUGCAGUGAUGCCAAAGAUGCUGAGUGCCUCCAUACCCUAUCAUUUGGCAGCGGUUUCAUGAUGGAUGUCUCUCUGGCUCUGUUACCAGGCAGCAGAGUUCCCAUACUCUCCUGCGGGGGUGAUGACUCACGGGUGCAUCUGUAUGUGCAGUCUGACAAACAGCUGCAGAAAGUCAUGACACUGCAAGGACACGAGGACUGGGUUCGUGGAGUGGCGUGGGUGUCUAUAGGUGGGGAGCUGUUAUUAGCCAGCUGUUCACAGGACUGUCUCAUCAGAGUAUGGAGGCUGUGUGCCAAGUCUGGGACAGACGCCCGCACAGAGGACGAUCACACCAUCAUCAAAAUGAAAGAGGACGUUUUUGAAGUGAAGGAGAGAGAUGCAUCCUCAGUGUUUGCUGUGUCUCUUGAGACGGUCCUGGCAGGCCAUGAAAACUGGGUCUAUGGAGUCCACUGGCAGCCUCCUUUCUACAAAGGUGGCAAGCUGCAACAGCCUCUCAGUCUGCUCUCUGCCUCCAUGGACAAAACCAUGAUCCUCUGGGCUCCUGAAGAGGGAUCUGGAGUUUGGGUGGAGCAGGUGCGUGUAGGGGAGGUCGGUGGCAACACUCUGGGUUUCUAUGGCUGCCAGAUGAGUCCGGAUGGCUCCAUGAUCCUUGCUCAUGCUUUUCAUGGAGCGCUACAUCUCUGGUGCCAGGACCAAGACAAAGAGGGAGAGUGGAGGCCUGGGGUUGUGAUAUCAGGUCACUUCAAUGCAGUCCAGGACCUGAGCUGGGAUCCUGAGGGGGAUUUUAUCCUCAGUGUGGGCUCAGACCAGACUACCAGACUUUUUACUCCAUGGAGGAAACAAGACGGUAAAAAGGCAACCUGGCAUGAAAUCUCGCGGCCACAGAUCCAUGGAUAUGACAUGCAGUGUCUAGCAAUGGUCGGGAGGUUUCAGUUUGUGUCUGGCGCCGAUGAGAAGGUCCUGCGGGUGUUUCAAGCACCUCGUAAUUUUGUGGAGAACUUUGCCAACAUCUCUGGGAUGUCGAGAGAAAAGCUGUUGACAUCCAGUGAUUGUGCCAACCUUCCAGAAGGAGCCAGCACACCUGCCUUGGGUUUGUCCAACAAGGCUGUAUUUCAAGGUGACCUUGUCUCAAAAACCAAAGAGGAUGAGAAGCAGUUCAGCAGCGUAUCUGACCAAUACCAGGAGUCUUACUUUCACCCGCUCAGCUUGACUGAGCCCCCACCAGAGGAUCAUCUUCUCCAGAACACACUCUGGCCUGAGGUCCAGAAACUGUAUGGUCACGGCUUUGAGAUGUUCUGCCUCGCCUCUGACAGUGCCAGGACAGUGGUGGCAUCGGCGUGCAAGGCAUCUAAAGCCGAACACGCAUCAGUGCUGCUGUGGAGUACAUCUACGUGGCGCCAGCUUCAGACGCUGCCGUGCCACACCCUCACCGUCACCCAGAUGGCCUUCUCCCCAGAUGCACGACUGCUAUUGGUUGUUUCCCGUGAUCGCACCUGGUCUUUAUGGAGACGCAACCUGCCCACCCUUGAUAGCCCAGAGCCCCAGUUCUCGCUGCAUGCACACACAGGGAAGGAUACAGCUGUACACAGCCGAAUCAUUUGGUCAUGUGACUGGAGCUCUGACAGCAAAUACUUUGUUACAUCCAGUCGGGACAAAAAGGUGAUUGUAUGGGGACUGUGUAGAUUGGAGGACUCUGGAGACCCUGCGCCUCCUCAUGAGAUUAAACCAUGUUCUUCCAUCUUGGAUGUGGGCGAUUCUGCCACUGCUGUGGCUUUCUGCCCUGUACUCUGCUCUGAUAACAGCUACCUGCUGGCAGUGGGUCUGGAGUAUGGGAGGAUUCUGCUGUACAGGUGGAGCCCUGGCCAGGAUCCCGCUGGAGGACAUGACUGGGGCAGCUGUGCAGAGACUGACACCUCACAAAGCCACUCCUUGGCAGUCAAGAGGCUCGUCUGGAGGCCCAGAGCUGGCCGAGCAGGUCGAGAGAACAACAGUCGGGUUGGACUGAAAGGGGAGGAGGAUGAACAGACUGACAGAGAAAAUGAGCUGGAGGAGGAAAGCUCCUGGGUCCAGCUUGCCAGUGCCAGCGCCGACCACUCUGUCAAAAUCUUCAACAUCAACAAACUGGCUCUUUAGCACCACCAACACUGACACUAUGAUGUCUCUCUGCAUGUGAGAGACACUUGGACUGAGGGCCACAGGCCUUACUGGGGCACCAAGGCCACAGCUGCUCGCUGGCAAGCCAUUCACUCCCUGUGACAUCCAGUUAAGUCAUGGGUCACUCGCAGGACAAACCCACAGCCUGUGUGGCCCGCAGUCUGUCUGUACACAGCUGAACAGAUUUGAUGGGUGGAAGCAAGAUGAUGAAAACACCAUGACCUUAGGGUGGUAUUUUGCUGGGACACACAAGUGUUUUAGAUUCAGUGAAGAAAUGGCUGCUUCAUAUCUAUACAGAUCACUCAUACAAUUUUUCCUAGUCAACUUUUUUUUUGGAUGAACUCUUUUUAGUAACAAAUUAAGAAACUGAUGAGGCC